AGUCGGAAAAUGGCAGCGCUUCCGGUGAUGUUACGUAUGAUGCAGCGUUAGCGCUCAUAAAUUGUUUAAUUUCUUGAAUUUUGUGUAUUUUCAUACUGUGGCUCACUUUUACAAGCGGUAACAAGCAUGGAAGGCAUUAACUGGCGAAAUAUUAGAGGCAUCGUAACCUCUUGUGGGGUGGAAACGUUUAUGAAAGCAGUGGAAAUUUGGCUGUUGAAACCGCACGUCGUUAACCGUAGACUUUCAGGAGCAGUCGUUGUGUGCAGAACGCACACGACGUGUAAGAACAGUGCAGCGACGACGUUACGGCAGCUUAUCAAACAGUUUUCAACCACAAGCUGCGAAUUGAGAGACAGUUUCCUUACUGAGAGUAUUGCAACAUUUACGGAAGACCACUUGCAUGACCUUGAUUUGUCACAUGGUAAAAUUGGGGGUAGGCCUAGGCCUAAAAAUGGAAACCUUCCAGAAAAUGAGCGCGUCAAAAGAGUAUUUGAACUGGACGAGCAGAGUCACGAUGUUGCAACUACUAGUCCACAGCUGUCAGAUGAAACAUACAGUUCAGCAGUUGAGCUGUAUGUGAGGAAGCUUAUACCGCGAAUCACUGGACAUACCAGACAUGGAAAUACUGAAGAAUCCAUGAAUGAAAUAAUAAUGAUUGAUCAUGUUGAGUGUGAAGCCACAUUCAUUCUUCUACAAAGAGAAAUUGACAACUGGAAUGCACUCCAAACGGUUUACAGACUGAGCUUCUCUUCAAAAGCAUCAAGGAUUAGUCUCCAUAUUUCAGAGAACUACAAAGAGCCGCAGUCCCCAUCCCUAGCUGUCACAUGUCCAACGGUAGCCUGGCUGCAAGACUGCUUACUGCCCAAGAUAGCCAAGUGGGCAUCCAAAGUCAGUGCCGAUGCCCCAGUGAAGAGUUCCCAGGUCCUCGUAUCCAUGGAGAAAUACAGCGCUCUGUACGGGAAACUGAAGAAAAAAUACGGAGCAAAAUUUGUCAAGAUUUGGCCAGAGAACACCGAUCCCCUGAAGUUUGUGUAUGAGGAUGUUGCCAUAGCAACCUACCUGAUUGUUCUGUGGGAGCAAGAGCGGGUGGAGAAGGGGUUGAAGAGUCCCCAGUCCUUUGUUGACUUGGGCUGUGGCAACGGACUGCUGGUGCACAUACUCAACGGUGAAGGGUAUCCUGGAAAGGGCAUCGAUUUGAGAAGAAGGAAGAUUUGGGACCUGUAUGGACCAGAGACCCAUCUGGAAGAGUGUUCUAUAACUCCAUCUGAUACUUUCCUUUUCCCGGAUUGUGAUUGGCUGAUUGGCAACCAUUCAGAUGAGCUGACACCAUGGAUACCCGUUAUGGCAGCAAGGUCGUCCUACUCAACCAGAUACUUUGUCCUUCCCUGCUGCUUCCACGACUUUGACAUGAAGUACAUGAGGACCGACCAGACCAAGACCCAGUACCGUGCCUACCUGGACUUUGUUGAGGAAGUGGGGCAGGUGUGUGGCUUCCAAGUGCAAGAGGACACAAUGAGAAUCCCAUCCACCAAAAGGAUAUGCCAAAUUGGAAGUCACAGAACCUAUCCACGGGAGCAGUCAGAAGACAUUCGUCAGCUGAUCACAAAAUACAUUACAAGCCGACGCGCACACAGAACUGCAACCGUCCAUGAUAAAGAAGUGGAGCUGGCUCAGGAGGGCACCUCAUUAACAUCUGAAAGAAACGUCAGUGGCACCAGUGCCUCACCUUCUCAAGGACAAAGUGCCGGCUUAAGGUGCGGUAACCAGACUCACUGUCCAGAGUCUGACAGCAGAAGCAGCGAGGCCUCGUUGGUUCAGUGGGCCCCUCGUUUUCAGCCCCGCAAGAGAACUGAGCCGGUCCGGAACUGUGCCAAAGUGGACUAUAACUUGAGGCAAAGGAUCGUCAAUGAGGUGGCACGUGCCAUACUGACAGAGGCAGGCUCGGACGUUUCUGACAGUGCGAGAGACAGGAAAGAGAGGAAAUUAUGGAGGAAAGGAGGCUCUUUGACGUUUGCUGAGAUUGCGAAACUCUUUGACAGUGACACCCUGAAAAACCUGAAGAGUGAAUGCGGAGGCUUGAAGACUCUCCUCAAAAACUCCCACCAAGUUUUCCAAGUGUCCAACACCAGUGUUGAGAUUAGAGACUGGUCGGCAAGUGCCCCAGCACAGCAGACCCAUUCCAAGAAGCAAAAAGGGAAGAACUCUCGGAAGGAGGACGCUUUCAAGACAAGACUGUGCUGGUUUCACACCUGCCACCCCGAUGGCUGCCCUCGCUUGGCCAGCCAGUGCCAGUUUGCCCAUGGAAACGAUGAACUGAGGAAAUUGGCAGUGUGUACUCAGCCACACGCCAUCCAUGUGUAGUACCAUUCACAAUUCCCUAUUUGCAGCUGCUUCGAUAUAGGAACAUUUUCCCAUGAAGCCAUGGUUACUUUUUUGCACUGCAUAAAACAGAAGUGAAACAUCUUAAUUAUUUGCCAUCGGAAGUGUGCUGUCCAGUGUUGUAUUCGAGGCUAUCAUAAGUUCCUGUAAGUCCAUCACAAGUCAUCACAGGUCAUCGAGGCUUAAGCCAAUUGACAAGCUAUUGAAAUGAGCUGUGACAAAAGCAUUCUUUUGUCAUUUUGCACCCUGUUACUUAUGACUGGCCUUGUGGAGGGACUUGUGACUGGCCUUAUGAAGGGACUUGUGAAAGGACUUGUGAUGGACUGGAAUACAACACUGGAGCUGUCAGUAGCCACUCAAUUGGCAGCUACCAUCUUGGACCUUUUUUUUCUCGGUCUCUUCCAGACACUCCUCAACAACAAUUUUGGUCAUUUGGUCGAGAGUGAGGUUGAGGAAUUGCACAGUCAGAAAUACUUUUGCCAAAAGUCUUGGGGGCCACAAAAUAUUGGGGGGGGGGGAGAAAUUCCUCAGAAAGCAAAAAUCCCCUCCCCCCCC